AUGGAUUUUUCUGAUGAUCUCCCACCACCAUGUGUGAACGAUCAUGUGAAGAGAAGAAGCAAGAAAGGAAGAACGAUAAGAACGAAGCAUCUUGAAGAACUAAUUAGCACCGCCAUAAGAGCCGCUCAUGUUGCAAGAGACAAAGGGUUUUACAUAGUCUCUCCGGAAGCCAUACAAUGCGUUGAGAUCCUUAGACAUAUGCGAACCUUACCUCUCAACGCUCGUCUUAUUAGCAAAACCGACGGUUUACGCGUUCUUCUCUUUCUCUCUAAGAACGGUCUGAGUCUAACGCCGUCAUUGAUCACUGGAAAAGUAUCCUCCAAAGAAAAGUUCACUAACGGAAGAGAAGAGAUCAUUCACGAGGACUACGUACGAAGGUUUACAUCAUCAAUGGACGAGUAUAGACUAGAGAUUCACGAGGAUUUCAUCAUCAACCGGAGAGUAUAG